ACGAACACUUUUGUUCAAUGGCCACCACUGUGCUGGACAGCGAGCACGGCAGAAUCCUCUGCAUUGCUGAUAUUCGGGGCCACCUCAGCAUCCUAAACGAUCUUGCACGCGAUGCCAAUGCUGUGGCUAUCAUCCAUACGGGAGACUUUGGGUUUUUCGACGCAUCUAGCUUGGACAGAAUAAAUGAUAGAACCCUCCGCCAUCUUGCCACGUAUUCACCUCUCAUUCCAACCACCCAGCGAACUCAUCUUUCACACGAAAACACACCCGCACAAGUUGUUCGUCAAUCUUUGGACAUAACUCUUCUUUCCGAAUUCCCUCUCCUUCUUUCUUCGACAAUAAAGCUCAAUGUACCGGUUUUCACCGUAUGGGGUGCCUGUGAGGACGUGCAGAUACUGGAAAAGCUCCGCCUGGGCACGUACACGAUACCCAACCUCCAUGUUCUUGACGAAGCACACUCGGGUACUCAUUUACUUGAGGUGGCUGGUCUGAAGCUUCGCUUAUUCGGACUUGGGGGUGCUCUUGUUCCUCAUAAGAUGUUUGACAACGGGGAUGCCAAUGCCACUAUCGCUGGAGGGUCGGGAACGAUGUGGACUACAGCUCUUCAAAUUGGUCAGCUCGUAGACACUGCUCAACGUGCUUUUGAUCCCACGGAGACACGUCUUUUGGUUACUCAUGCUUCACCUGGUCGGGAAGGUAUCAUUGCUCAGUUGGCUUUGGUUUUGAAGGCGGACCUUACGGUUUCGGCUGGUUUGCACUUCCGAUACGCCUCGUCAUACAACGAGUUUAGCGUUCAGAACGAAUACGAAACCUUCCGAAAAAAACUUAUAUCUGGCAAGGAGCAAUUCUAUAAGAUUUGGGAGAGCGUGAAGACGCAGGUGGAUGCUGUAAUUGACGAACAUCAGCGGGUGUUGCUUAACAAAGCCCUUUACGUUAUUGAGCGUAUACCUCCAGCGUUCGGCGCUCUAAUAACCAACGCGCAAGGAACUUCGAUACAGGCCCAGGAUGAACCAUCGUGGAAAAACUGUUGGAAUUGGAAUCUGUGUGAUGCUGCUUAUGGUUCGCUUGUCCUGGAUAUUCGGGAGGGACGGGUUAGUGCAGAAUUGAAAAGCCAAGGUUUCAACUACGCUUAUCGUCGUACAGCAACUGCGCAGUCGCCAAUGGCACCUACAGGCAAUACUCCUACUCGCGCCAGCCCUGCUGUCAAUGUGCAACAACAGGAAAAGGCUGCUGUUGGUGGAACACCGGUGCCAACGGCCACUUCCGUUCAACCCAAUGCCAAGGCCACACCAGCUCAGUCGCCCAAAGCGUUACCUCCUCAUCUCACGAAUGCAUCACGAGGUGGAAGUGGGAGAGGCACCCCUGCCAACACGGUCGCUGGUGCCGCGCCUGCUUCUGCUGUCGCUACCCCACCCACUCAAGCCGCAGAAACUCCAGCAUCAGCCGCUUCCUCACCAGUUGCACAAACUCCUACCAACGCUCAUUCUCCCAACGGCACUGACAAAGCAGAUCGUGAACGUCAAAAGAGGGAGAGGAAGAAGGAGAAGAAGGAGAAGGAGAAAGCUGAACGAACUGCUUCUGCUGUUACAGAGAAGGAAGGCGGAGCUGGAGCUGAAGGAACACGGACAUCUACACCUGCUUCUUCUCAGCCGCAACAGCAAGGGCAUAAGGCGCAGCCUUCGACUGGAUCCGGUGCUGGGAGAACUGACGAAGUGAAGAGCCCUGUUACUGAAGGUGGGGGAACAAGUGGUGCGCGCACGCCUAGAGGAAACAAACCUGCUCGAAACCCAUGGACGAUAUUCUUGCGGUUGACAGUACCUACCACCGAGGCAGAUCUAAAGGAGUUCUUUGGUGAAGCAAAGGCCGGGAUCACUAGAAUAUCCUUCCCAACCACGACGCAAGCUGGACGUAGUCAGAAGCUUGCCUAUGUUGAGUUUGGAGACGAAGCGGCUAUGAAACUUGCCCUCACUUCUCACGCCGAGAAACUGAACGAUGCGAUACCGGAUUUGAAGCAAGCUACGGAUCGGGAGACGAGAGAAAAGGAACGUGAGCAGCAGAAUGCAGUCGGUGGUGGUGGUUUUACUGCGAAUCCGGCGUUUUCAUCUGGCAGAGGUGGUCGCGGCAGAGGACGUGGCGGGCAAGGUGGAUAUGCAUCAAGAGGUCUGGCAAUGGCCGGUUUGACUAGCGCACGCGGAAGAGGUGGUCCAGGUGGACAAGCACAAGCGCAGGGAGGGGAUCAAGGUGCAGCGCCGGAUGCACCAGCCUCCUCAUAAUCUUCUUCCCCUACUUAAAUUCGGGCGAAGGAGACUCUUCACUGACUUGUUAUCCCCAGAUGAUCGUUGGCGUUAAACUGGACUACUUUAUUUUGUUUCGGGAAAUGCGCUUAUAGAUGACCGCUUUUCUAUCUAACCCUCGAUACCCUUGUCCCAAGCGUUUGUCCAUUCGUUUUUUCUUGACGUCGUUUUCGCUCCCUACUUUCGCAAGUUCUACCUAGUUUGCAGAGCAGGCGAUCCAUCAUUUCAACGACUCCUGCUCUAGUCCAUCAUCCUCUAUUUGGCGACCUUCAUUCCCUUAUGACCCUAAAAGUACUUCCUGCUACUGACAUAGUUUACUUUCGUCAAUUUAAGUAUAGUCCGCGAAUGUUAUUGCCCUGUCAUUCGGGCUAGGCUGCUCGUGCAGUUGGUCUUGGUUUUAGUAAUGAGUAACUUUGUUAAGGCGUGGGCUCAGAGAUCGCC